AAAAACAUAAACCGGCGGCCUUCUACAUGUGAUAUCUUCACUCGCUUCGCAGCACUGCUCAGACUGGGUUCACAAACACUGUUCCGCCUUCGAUGACCGAUAGCACAUUUAGCUUCGAUUAGUUCUUAUCCCGCUUGUGAAAUUCGCGGAAUAUUAAAUUCAGGAUGAGCACCUGGAAUCCAGAGAACGAUUUGGACUUGCUCUCCUCCGAGGAUGAGGAGGACAUUGCCAUGAAGCGCGACUACCAUGGGCGCGAGGCCAUACUGUUCGUGGUGGACGCUAAUCUCCAGACGGCCGGCAUGGACCGCUUGAAGGGGGCACUGACCAUCAUACGCACGGCAUUCAUAUCGGGAAUGCUGGUCAACGACAAGGACCUGAUAGGCCUGGUGUUUGCCAACACCAAGCACAGCCCGCUGCCGCUGGAGGCCUCCAGCGUGGAGACGAUCGUUGUGCCCGAGAACUGUGCCGUGUUCCUGCCGCUGCGACAGCUGACCAAGCCCAUUGUGGAGCAUUAUUUGGAGUUUUUGGGAACGGUGGAGGAUCAGUUCGCCACCGAGUAUGGCCUGGCGGAGCCAGACGGGCGUGGAAAAUUCGAUCUCAUGAUCAGGCUGUGCAUCGAGCUGCUGGAGAAGUGUGGCAAAAAGUUGAACAACGCAAAGAUUGUGUACGUGACGGAUGUGGACACGCCGCAUCUGCCCUCGAGCAACGAGUUCCAGGCGGCUCUGCAGAAGGCCAUCGAUCUGGAGGGCAAGGAGUUCGAGUUCCAUGUCAUACCAAUGAACGACGACUUUGACUACGCGCCCUUUUACAAGGAGUUCAUAACCCUGUCGCGAGCCAUCGAAUUGGAUGCGUUCGUUGAACCCGAUGCCUCAAUGCUGCGCGAGAUGCUGGCGGAUCGCAAACUGAAGCAGGACUUCUUGCGGCGCUGCCUGGGCCACUUCGCCUUCCACCUGGGCCCCAAUCUGGCCAUGUCGGUGCAGUACUACAACUACUUCCAGCGUCGCGCCCUUCCGCGCAAGGUGCAGAUUAUACGGCGCGACAACAGCGUGGUGAGCACCAAGCGGCAGAUCAUAGUGCGAAAGUACGACGAGGAGAAGAACGAAAUUAAGCACGAGAAACAGAUAAAGGCGAACGAGGGCUGGUACAAGUUCGAUUUGGGCGCGAAACCGUUGACAAUCUCCAUGAAUCGAAUGGACUGGGUGCGCAACAUGCACAAGCCCCACAUGAUGCUCCUGGGUUUCAAGCACCGCUCAGCCCUGCCCGAGGUUAUCUACAGCAAGCCCUCGAACUUUAUGUACCCCGACGAUGAGAGUAUCAUCGGAUCGAAGCGCUUGUUCCGGGGGCUGUGGGAGCGCUGCUUGCAGCGAGAGAAGAUCAUCCUGUGCCUGUUCAUGUCCAAGCGCAAGUCGAUUCCGCGCUAUGUGGUUCUAGUGCCUGUUCAGGUGGAAAAAUCAGAGUCGAAGUCUUAUCGUUCGCAGCUCUGCGGGGAUGGCUUCAAGAUCGUCUAUCUGCCGGAAGCGAAGCACAUUCGCCACAUCGACAUGUGCGAUUGGAACAACACUGCCAAUUCGGGUAGCGAUGAGCAGGUGGACUUCUUCCAGAAGAUCAUCAAGAGGCUCCGCGUAAACUAUCAGCCAAACUUGAUCAAUGAUCCCAGUCUGGACGAACUGCAGGCCAAUUUGCUGGCCUUGUCCCUGGACAUUACAACCGAAAGGAAGGGAAUCGACGACUUACUGGAUAAAUCGGUGCAGGACACACGAAUUGAGAAAUAUAUGCCCGACUACGAGAGGCUCUUCGAAGUAGAGCAGAUGCCGGCUAAGAAGCGACCGGCCAAAUCCUCCGCGGAUGGAGCCAGCUCUUCAAAGGUGCCUAAAAUCGAUGCGGAGCAACUCCAGAGCUACCAAUAUGUCGAGUAUUUGAUCGCGGAGGAGCGUCUAUCCAGCUGCACAGUCGCCCAGCUGCAGAAGAUUCUCGAAAAGCACUUUGGUGUGCAGUUGCCCAAGUCUUCGACCAAGGACAGAAUGGUAAGGCGCAUAGAGGCUUUGAUUGCCGGCGCAGAAGCCAGGAGUUACGAUGUAAAUUGAUGUUAAAAUUAAAAGUAUUAGUCAUAAGUAUUGCUAAUUCAUAAGAAGAUUAUGCUAACUGGGUUCCUUUUGUUGGUUGCUUUUGUUUUCUCUUGAAUACCACCCCGUUAAAUAUGAAUAAACUCAUAAACA